UCUUUACAGAUGCGCUCCAGAUGUUGUGAUCUGGCAGAAGUGCACGGAGGGGAUUGUCGGGAAGCUUCUUGUAAUAAAGGAAAAUAUGGAGGACUUUUACAUGAAGGUGACAGAGAUUUUCGUGGAGAAGGACAGGUGCAUGGACUUCAUUUACAAAUAAAGUGUGUAACGCUCCACAGAUGUGGGCUUUAUGGCAGCGCAGUGUGACCAGAUGACACAUGAAACCCCCCUCUUACAAGUUUUCAAAAUGGCACCAAACACGAUUUUCUGGUCUGACGAAACCGAGACUGAAUAGUGCGGCCUCAUCUCGAAGCAUCAUGCCGGGAUUUUAGUAUUACAAGCAAAAUGUGUUAACAUGUGAAGGGGUCUGAAUACUUUCUGAAGGCACUCCAUCUUCACCCACAUUCAACCCCUUUGCACAUUUUGUGUAAAGAAGUUGUGGGAUUUUCAACCUAAAACAAUCAUGUGAGAGUCGCAUUGUGAAGUUGGGGGGUGGUCAGCGUGUGGACACUCAGAUUGCUGUCGGUGUUUUUCUGCCCGCUCAAUGACUUGCAUUGACUUUCCUUUCUCUGGUGCAUGUAGGAUUUUCUCCACCAUUCAGACAAAAUGAUGACUAAGCCGAGUGACAAUACUGAACUGGCGGACGUCUGGGGCAGACUACCAUUUGUGCCUGAUGUUGAUGAGAUAAGCUGUGGUCACCUCUGACAAUGUAUUUGAAUAAAUAAAUGAAUGAACGGCCAUAUUUAAAAAAAAAAAAAGACAGGUCAAGUGAAUGCUACAACCUCAUGGUCAUAUCUGAGCUUAUUUACAUGAAGGUUUUGUCUGUGAAAAUUAAUUUGAUGCUGCAUAUGUCUCUCUAGACAGGUGGACUGGAUGAAGUGAGAAGUUCCAUGCACUUUCUUCGAGGAUGGCACCCAUGGAAUUCAAUUGUAAUGUUUGGUAGUAAAGAAAUGGGAAUUUACGGUGGUCUGGAAUGAGCAGGAGUAGACCGCAGCUAAUCGCAGUCAUUUGUCCUCCAAGCCUGCAGCGACCGUUCUGUUGUCACCCAGACCCUGUACAAUGAAGCGGCACUUCAAGGGUGAUGUCAUCUGCACACUGCUGAUUGUCACCAUUCUCUGUCUUCUGCUCUACAUGCAAAAGGACCUAAUGGCCAGGUGGAAACUGCAGACCCUGCCCCAGGAAUUAGCCAAAAUAAGGAAUCUUCUAGUAGCUCAGACUUCAAGUUACAGGGCACAGAUGCAGAAACCUGCAUUCGCUUCUAAGCCUCUAUGCAAUCUGGACACAAUGGAGCCAGAGAACGUCCAACCCAGUGGGACUCCAUCUUUCAACUUUCAUCAUUACUUGAGAAACAUCCACUGCAGGGACUUCAGUCUUCUUCUCAAUCAGCCUACAAAGUGCAAUCCUGCCCCAUUUUUACUCAUUGCUGUUAAAUCGUUAGCAAACGAGUUUGAAAAGCGUGAGGUGGUGCGCAAAACUUGGGGUGCCAAGGGUCUUUCAAAAGGAGUUCAGAUAACGACGAUAUUUCUUUUAGGGGUCCCUAGAAAUCAGUCAGUGCUGCCCGGGUGGAAACAACUGCUUCAGUACGAGAGCGAUGCUUACCGGGAUGUUCUCCUCUGGGAUUUUCAAGACACGUUCUUCAACUUGACGCUGAAAGAAAUACAUUUUCUCAAAUGGGUGCACACCUUUUGCCCGGGUGUGCAAUUCAUAUUUAAAGGGGAUGCGGACGUGUAUGUGAAUACUGACAACAUUUUAGAGCUUCUGAAGGAACAGAAGGCUAACCAGGACCUUUUUAUUGGGGAUAUUAUUUACCAGGCCCAGCCCAUAAGAUCCAAAAAGAGCAAGUACUUCAUCCCAGAGAUUGUGUAUGGCCAAGGGAUUUACCCAACCUAUGCAGGAGGUGGAGGCUUUCUAAUGUCCGGCUUCACGGCCGAGAGGCUAUACACAGCCUGCCAGCAGGUCGACCUCUUCCCGAUUGACGAUGUGUAUUUGGGAAUGUGUCUGAUGCGGAUUGGGCUGAAACCAACCGCGCACGAAGGCUUCAGGACUUUUGGGAUUGUGCGUCCUUCAGCCGCACCCCACCUUCAGGUCUAUGACCCGUGUUUCUACAAGGAACUGAUGGUGGUCCACAGCCUGACGGUGCCCGAGAUCUGGCUGAUGUGGAACAUGCUGCACGACCCAAAGAUUGUUUGCAAUAGGAGAGUACUUGUGAAUAAGCCGUUCCGAUGGACUGAAAGAAAACAAUCUCUAGGAGGAAAAGCAGGCCAUCUAAAUUAGCCAUUUGCACUGGAAUUCUUUUGGACGUCACAGCUUAUAGAUCUUUAAAUCACUUAAAUGGCUGAACGGCCUGCGUUCUCCUCCACAUUUGUGAAUGGCCUCUGCCUGCCGAAAUCACAACAGAUGGUGCGACACCUUUCAGUUAGCAGGUUCUUCUCAUAUUUCUUCUAUUGUUCACAAUUUUAUACAGGCAAAGACAUUACAAAAGCGUACGCGUCUUGUUCUUCAGAUGUGCUUUCUAGCUUUUAAGGACUAACGAGACCCCACUUAAACGAGUGACAACUGCCAUCAGGGCAGCUCCUGGGCGCCGUAUGACACACUUUGGAACAAUAAAGGCUGUUCUGUUUCUGUUUGACACAAGUGAGCCUUGUGAUUUAAAAGGCCACUUUAUCAUGGCUAACAAACAAGUGGAACCUGGGGCUGACGUACAACAAUCUCCAGGCUUGAAUCUUGUCUGUAAUCCACAGUCUCAUUCCUGCUGCCACCCUGCAGCGUGACCCUGUUACCUAAUAUUUCUCAACUGUUUUUGAUAAAUAAAAACAAAGAAACAAACAAACAUGUAAACAGUCAUGAAUGUAUUUCUAAAGUCCCUUGGGAUGAU